GCUUGCGCCACGGAGAGUCGUUGCAUCACGCCACAGACUUCCACCAUGAACACGCUGACGAUCCUGUUGUUGGCGGCAGUCGUUGUAGUCGCGAGCGGAAUGAAGCACUCCAAACACAGCGAAAUGCACAGCGCUCUCCAUGAAGCAAAACAAAUCUGCAUGGAGAUUCUGAUGCCAUCCGAAGAAGAAAUGAGUAGCAUGAAAGAAAAAAUGAAAGAAUGCCUUGGAAAUGAGGGUCACACCCAUCUGACUUCACACCCUGCCUUGGCUUCUGACAAGAUUCCCGACCUAAAGGAUGCGUUGUGCAUGCGAGAAGAACUCAAAAUUAUCACGGCCGAAAGCCGGAGGAAGGUGUCGAUAUGCGCCGUACAAGAUCAUGGAAUCCUGGAUGGCGAGGAGCUCAACGUACCUAAGGUCAUGGAAAUGGUGUGGACAAAGAUUAAUGCAACACAAAAUGCAGAAGCAAGAGAGUUCUUAUCUGAAGCCAUUUCCAAGUUGCCUGAGAUGUCCAGAGAACCUGACCUGCUACAUUUUAUCGAAGUCAAGAAGUCCCUUAUGAACGGCUGCGUUAUGAACAUGGCUAUGAGCAUAGCCGAGGAGGCACUAACAAGGAACUGUCCUGGCCAAAAUUGACCUUAUUUAUGAAUGUCUUCAGAAGCAUUGAUUUUGUGAAACGGGAUCCCUGGCUACUGUCUUGAUAUCCUCUUGGAAUGAUACCCUGAUAAGGCAACACAUGUACUCAAAAUUAAAGACUGCAGCAUAUA